AUGUCAUUAUUAGUAUAACAUUAGUUACUAUAAUAAAAAAAAGAGUAUAAAGAUUUGGAGCACAUUCAGUUUAUAUUGCCAGAGUUUCUCAAUGACUUUAGUAGAAUCACUAAAGACAUAUCUCUUGAUUACUUUUACUAUUCUCCUUUUUAUGAUAAGGAAUCUAACAAUGAGAAAUUAAAAUGCUAACAACAACAACAAAGCUUGGACAAGUUAAAGGAGCACUAAGGGAUAGAAUUCGUUCAGACAUUUUAUGAUGAUGAAUAAGGAGUAUAUCUGAUAGAAAAACGGUAUAGAAAAUCUCCUCUAGAGACUUUCACUAUUAGUGCCUACUUUAUUGUUUUUGACAGAAUAUUCUAAGCUAGUACACUGAAGAAAAUAAUAGAUGCUCGUUCUUAGAAUGCAGCAUAUUUUAUUGAUAUUGCUUUUGAAGAGGCUAAGUAAAAGGCCAAUAUUUUGUACAGUAAAACAAGUAGACCUUGGAAACAUUAGAAUUAGAAUGACGAGAGAAUUGAUUAUGACAUGGUAUUUCAAAAUGCAUAAUAAGAAUUAGAACAGGUUUAUAGUGAGAUAUUUGCGUAGAAUAAAACAUAGGAUUCUACAUUUGACAUGAAUAGAAUCUGGGCUGAAAGUAUGCAGUAAUUUGAUAAAAAUUUCUAAUGA